UAAUGGUAUAUAGUUAACCGUCCUUUGCUAAAUUGGUACACUGAAGUUGUUAUACCUCACUGCAUAACAAUGACAAAAACAAUUGGAAUCUUUACCUUUUUCUGCUUUUUGUUGGUGGUAUCCAGUAACCUUGGAAAACAAAUGAAAAGUGAGGACAAAUCAUUGGAUUUUACACUUCCUUUGCUUAAAAUGAUCUCAAACCUCCAAAAAGAAAUGAAAGAUGUUCGACGGGAGAUGAAAGAUGUGCAGCUAAAGAAACAUAUUGCGUUCACUGUCACACACGAUGGAACCGGUCAACGAAUAACACAUAAAUCACAGGUCGUGAAAUAUAACCAGGUCCAGUUUAACAUUGGCGGUGGAUACCGGAAAUACAGCGGCCAUUUUGUUUCUCCCGUUAAUGGAACAUUCGUCUUCUUUCUUUCUUUGCAACCAUUCCCAGGCUCGAAAGCCUCGUUUUUGAUUACUGUAAACAACCGGGGGAUGGUAGAAGCAGUUUCAGGGAAAAUCCCGCAUGAGUACAACAUGAGCAGUAACAUGGUCAUUGUAUCUCUCCGCCAAGGGGACCACGUGUGGGUCAUGUCUCACCCUACCUGGAGUGUUGAUCCACGACACCAUUUAAAGAACCGGGGAAACAGCUUCUCUGGAUUUCUUCUUUACCAGAGAUAAUUUCACUGCUUUAA